AUGUUGAACACUGCAAUCCAGUACCAGGCAGUCUUUGAUGCCUAUCUGGGAAAUGAUCCCUCAUUUUCUGAUGAUCUGGGUACCUCUGUGCCUACUUUUAUGGAUUGGUUUAAUGUGAAAAGUUUGGUAACUCUGCUAAAAACUUUCUAUGACAUGACUGUGAGAAUUUCUGGUUCUCUAUACGUUACAUCUAACACUUUCUUCAGUGAGAUCUCUGAUCUUAGUUGCAUGCUAGAUGACAUGACUUGUGAUGAAGCUGGUCCUGAGAAGGUAAUGGGCACCCAAAUGAAAACUAAGUUUUUGAAAUAUUGGGGGGACCCUGAAAAAAUGAACUUUGUGAUCUUCUUUGGCACUAUUUUGGAUCCUAGAGAUAAGGUUGAGUACAUGCCUGCCCAGUUAACUCAACUAUAUGGUGAUGAAAAAGGGAAAUCCUGUUUUGAGAAGAUCCAAUCUGCACUUCUUGAGCUGUACAAUGAUUAUGCUGCCACUUACUCUGUGGAUGUGAACCCUGAACCAGCUGCUGUUGGCCAACCUUCUCAAACUGUCUCUGUGAGUGUGCAGCCUAGUGCUGUAACUGUUGGUAGGCCACAAGGUAAGCUGAAAUCUCAAUUGAAAAGGCAAAGGAUGGAGAGUGGUGGAAGCCUAAAACAAACUGACCUGCAAAUAUAUUUGAGUGAGGCCAUUGUGGAAGAUAAGGUUGAUUUUGAUAUCCUCAAAUGGUGGAAGGUGAACUCUGAAAGACUGCCAAUUCUCUCUAAAAUGGCAAGGGAUAUUCUUGCAGUUCCAAUAUCCACUGUGGCUUCUGAAAGUGCUUUUUCAACCAGUGGUAGAGUGUUAGAUCCAUUUAGGAGUUCCUUAACUCCUAAGAUUGUGGAAGCUUUAAUUUGUACACAGGAUUGGUUGAGAUUACCAAAUCAACCUAUUCAAAUUGAAGAAAAUAUUGAUGAUUGUGAAAGGCUUGAGAAAGAGUUGCCAACUGGAAUUAGGACUGCUGGAACUUCCCUACCAACCAUUGUAUGCCUCAGCCCCUAUCCACAGUUCCACUUGAUUGAACAUUUGAACAGCAGGUUACAGGAAGAUGAGGAAUGCUGA